AUGAGCCCCGCGUGUCUUCCCCUCUGUUUCGCUGCAGAGAUGCAGGCCUGGAGCCCCGCGCUCAACCAGACCGGCCCCACCGGCUUCCUGUUCCGCGCCUUCUCGGUUGCCCCCGCGCUGCAGGCCCCGCUGUUCCUGCUGUUCCUGCUGCUCUACCUCCUGACCCUGGGCGGCAACGCGGCCAUCCUGUGGGUGGUGAGCGCGCACAGCGCCCUGCACAGCCCGAUGUACUUCUUCCUGGGCAUCCUGUCUGUGCUGGAGAUCUGCUACACCUCCGCGGUGGUGCCUCUCAUGCUUUCCAACACUCUGGGUGCCCCGAAGCCCAUCCCCGUGGCCGGCUGCGGGGCCCAGAUGUUCUUCUUUGUCACCCUGGGCAGCACCGACUGCUUCCUCCUGGCCGUCAUGGCCUAUGACCGCUACGUGGCCAUCUGCCACCCGCUGCACUACGCCCUGCUCAUGACGCGGAGGCUGUGCGUGCAGAUGGUGCUGGGCUCCGUGGGCCUCGCGCUGUCCCUCUGCCUGCCGCUCACUGCCCUGGUCUUCAGCCUGCCCUUCUGCGGGCACCGCCCUGAGAUCCACCACUUCCUCUGCGAUGUGCCCGCGGUCCUGCGGCUGGCCUGCGCGGACACCCGCGUGCACCAGGCCGUGCUCUAUGUGGUGGGCAUCCUGGUGCUGACCGUGCCCUUCCUGCUCAUCUGCAUCUCCUACGGGUUUAUCGCAGUCGCCAUCGUGCGCAUCCGCUCCGCCCAGGGCCGCCAGCGCGCCUUCUCCACCUGCUCCUCGCACCUCACCGUGGUCCUGCUGCAGUAUGGCUGCUGCAGCCUGGUCUACCUGCGGCCGCGCUCCAGCUCCUCGGAGGACGAGGACCGCCACUUGGCGCUGGUCUACACCUUCGCCACCCCUUUACUCAACCCCUUGAUUUACACUCUGCGAAACAAGGAGGUCAAAGCUGCCCUGCGAGGGGCCCUCAUCAGUAAAGGGGGUCCCUAA